GCAGCAAGAAUUGAAUCUUUUGAGCCUUAAGUUCUUCUUGCCCCAGUUUCACUAUCUCUUUCACUUCUUCGAUUCCCCUUGAAGUAGGGGGUUUCAGUGGGAACGAGAUCAAUCAAUGAAGGGUCAAGAGAAAGAAGAAAAGAAGACUAAUCUGGAUAUUCCCGAAGAUGCUUGACUUCGAGUUCUUGGAGUGACAGCUUUGUAAACAAGGGUCCCUUACUUUUGAGUUUCGAAAAUGCAUCUUUCUUUCUCCCAUGCUUUUCAUUGGUCAACAACCAAACCAACCACUAAUUCUUCCUUCACUACUAAUCCAGGAAGAAGUCUUGUCUUCUUCUGUUCGGAAUACAUUUUUUUCAAAAGAAAGACUCAAAAAUAAUAUAAAUAAUAAUAUAUAGAAUAUAGAAAGAAUUGCUUAAAUAACUCAGCGAUCUAAAAUCAUAGUCACGAUCUACUAAAAGUAAAGUUGAGCACCCGGACCAGACAGAGGAGGAGUAGGAGGAGUCAGACGGAAUCAAAUGAUUACGAGAUAGACAAUGAGACCAGGGAGAGCAAGAGCACUUAGACAAUUCACUUUGAGUACAGGAAAGUCUGCUGGUAGGAAUUCCUCAGGGCGUAUUACGGUUUUUCACCGAGGGGGUGGCUCGAAGCGAUUGCUGCGAAGAAUUGAUCUGAAACGAAGCACUUCCUCUAUGGGCAUUGUAGAGAGUAUAGAAUAUGACCCUAAUCGUUCUUCUCAGAUCGCUCCAGUACGAUGGAUCAAAGGGGGCUGCCAGAAAAAAAUGAACACGAUCGAGAAGUUCGCUCCGCCGCGCAAGAUCCUCGAACCUACCACGAACACCAUCAGCGGCCUCUUUUCGUUCUCUUUCCUGCCCGGGAAGGUGGAUAAAAGAAAGGUAGCUUGCUUCUCUCCUGGACUGAUGGCCGCUUAUGUAGUGGUCGGCCUUCCUACCGGAAUGCCUCCUUUGUCUUCGUCUAAGAGCGCCUUUGCUAGUAAGGGCGCAGGAAGCACAAAAACUUUAGUGAAGGACGUCUUCUUCUCUGCCUUCUCCUCUUUAAAGGCCAAGAGAGAGACUGCAUCCCUUGCCUUCGCUAGCUCUUUUGGUUUCCCAAGGAUAGCGGUAGCUGGGGCAAAGCCCGCUUUCUUCGCUCCGCGAAUGAGACAGAAAGUGAGAGGAAAAAGCACGUUCUCUCUUUGCGAGGUCCAAAAGGGGAGAACGCAUAGCAUUCUCUGGGCACAUAGGAUCAAAGGUAAAGCAGGGCUUUCUUGGCAGAGUUUUAGGCGGCAAGAUACUUUAGGGCUUGUUGGAGCUGCUGGGCAUAAAAAAUCGAAGCCGAAGACAGAUCAAGGUAACUUGCCUGCCAAGCCAAUAGGCGAAAGGGCGAAGCAACUCAAAGCUCUCCGGGGUUUGAGGGCGAAGGAUGGAGCGUGCAAAGUCGAUCUCACACGGGAAGAGAGGUCCAAUGGCAAGGCCAUACGCCCGUUUGGCUCCUCGCGGAGUAUAGCUCACAUCCAAAUAUCAUAUCUGAUUGGGGAACGGGGUAACACCCAUGAAGCUCCGACGGAAAGGGAAGGCCUGCCAGGCCGUAUGCCCAUGGGUGCAGGAUUCUUCGAAAAAGCGCGGGCUGACUCGGAGACCUGGGACCUUGGCUUAGCAACGAAUGAAUAUUUCUCCUCGAGCUUUCUCCGCCAGCGGCUUAUGUAGUGAUCGGCCAGCUCGCUAAGCUUCGCUUCCCUUUCCCCUUUACUUUAUUUAAUAAGGGAAGGGGGAAAGUCUUCACUUAGUAGUCGGCAUUAUAGAAGCGGUUUGUCGAGUCUACGAAGCUUUCCUUCUUGUAGUCGGCCCGUAAUGCCUCCCUUCAUUUGCUUGCCUCCUUCCUUACUUUUCAGAGAAGCAUUUUACGACUAUAAGGGGCGCUGUUCACCUUUGGAAACUUAGCUACACCGGUCACGAUAUCUUGUUGAUAUUGAUUGAGGACUUUCGCUGACUAAAUCCAUAAACCUAGAAAGUCACCGUCACUGGUACUUUUUUGACUCGAUAGGUAGGUAUUGGUGGAGCUUGCGUAAUGUAGUUGUAGUUAAGGUUGCAUUGAAGUCUUUCUUUUUUUUGAAGAUCUACUGAACAAAGGCGAACGGGGUUCCCAAGGCGGGACGUCUGGCAGAAUGCUUGGC